AUGGCUGAGAAUGAGCACUUGAACCAAGUGCACACACACGAAUCGGACUGGGAGGAUGAUGGAGCACAUGACGCAACAAGCGGCGUGGCCACUCCCUCGGAAGCCGCUCAUGCGCAAUCGACGGAAAAUGGAAGCGGCCUUGAGGACGGCAUGUUGCCUCGAGAUCUUCCUAAACGAACAACUUUUCAUGACCCAGUGGCUGAGCGUCAGAUGAGCCAAACCGAUGCCAAGCUCUUUUAUCAAAGAAGUAAAAUCGAUGUUCGUUCCAGCAGCAGCGGGUGGUCUCAAUCAACUCCAUUGGGAAGCCCUAUUAUUGCAUCUGGUUCACACGCUACUACAGACUAUGGUGGCGAUUCGCUCAUCUUCGAAACAGAGGAAGACGGUGUUACAAUGGCUUCUCAAAUUCCUAAGCCUGCAGGUGCCCCUUCUCACACUGGGGGCCAGACAUUGCUCUCUUCUCAAGCUGCUAAUGCCACCACGAAUGACUUGACGCUGAACAGUUUGUUUGAUACCGAGCCUCAUAUAACUGCCGAGCUCUCAGCCAUUUCCAAGAAUAUUCAGAAGAUUGUCGAUGUGAGAAGAAAGUACAUCGCUCUGAGCGCGCAAGGUCCAGACGACAAUCCCCGAGAUCAGCCCGAUUGGGAGAUCUACCCGCCUCCGCCAGAGCCUGCUUGGCAGUCAAGCCAUUCUGCGGCAAAGGCCCAGGGCCAAUCCACACAAUAUGUUCGUGGCAAGGAAGGCCAGGGUGUCGGAGAAGACUUCAACAUGGAUGAUGUUUUACCACUUCCCGGAGAGGACAGCACCGUCUUUGAGCUCGACAAGGAGGGCGUCUAUCAGGUCUAUAGCGAUGACUCAAAAGAUACUCCCAUUGUCAAAAUUCCCACAAUCCGAGAGUUUUACAUGGAUCUUGAGGAUAUUCUCAAUGUCUCGUCAGAUGGCCCAAGCAAGAGUUUUGCUUUUCGCCGCUUACAGUACUUGGAGGGCAAAUUCAACCUCUACGUGCUCCUGAACGAAUAUCAGGAAACUGCGGACAGUAAGAAGGUUCCCCAUCGUGACUUUUACAACGUGCGAAAGGUCGAUACCCACGUGCAUCAUUCCGCGUGUAUGAACCAGAAACACCUUCUGAGAUUUAUCAAAAGCAAGAUGAAGAAAUACCCCAAUGAGGUUGUUCUAUUUAGGGAUGGUAAACACCUCACUCUUGCAGAGGUCUUUUCUAGUAUUAACCUCACUGCUUAUGAUCUGAGCAUUGAUACACUCGACAUGCAUGCUCACACCGACUCAUUCCAUCGGUUUGAUAAGUUUAACUUGAAGUACAAUCCAAUCGGAGAGUCUCGUCUAAGAACUAUCUUCCUCAAGACUGAUAACUUCAUUCACGGCCGCUACCUAGCAGAAAUUACAAAAGAAGUAAUUUCAGACUUGGAAUCAAGCAAAUAUCAAAUGGUCGAAUGGCGAAUUUCCAUCUAUGGAAAAUCCAUUGAUGAAUGGGACAAACUUGCAGCAUGGGUUGUUGACAAUAAACUCUUCUCGCACAAUGUGCGCUGGCUUAUUCAAAUCCCAAGAUUGUAUGAUGUCUAUAAGGCAUCUGGUCUCAUGGAAACUUUUGAAUCUGUCAUCAAAAACCUAUUUCAGCCCCUCUUUGAGGUGACGAAAGACCCGAAGAGUCAUCCCAAACUUCAUAUAUUUCUCCAGCGCGUUAUCGGUUUCGAUAGUGUCGAUGAUGAGAGCAAGGUCGAACGCAGACUCUUUCGAAAAUUCCCUGUUCCCAACGAGUGGGAUACCAAACAAAAUCCUCCAUACAGCUACUGGAUCUACUACACAUUUGCGAACAUGGCUUCGUUAAAUAGCUUUCGAAAGAAGCGAGGCUUCAACACGUUUGUCAUGAGACCUCACUGUGGUGAAGCAGGCGACAGCGAGCAUUUGGCUGUAGCUGCUCUUUGUUGUCACAGCAUUAGUCACGGUUUGGUCUUACGAAAGGUUCCAUUGCUCCAAUAUGUCUUUUAUUUGGAGCAGAUCGGCAUGGCCAUGUCCCCCUUGAGUAAUAAUGCCUUGUUUUUGGCAUAUGAGCGCAACCCGUUUCAUCAGUACUUUAAGAGAGGCCUGAACGUCUCUCUAUCUACUGACGAUCCUCUUCAGUUCGCUUUUACAAAGGAACCUCUUAUCGAGGAGUAUGCCGUUGCCGCUCAGAUUUAUAAGCUCAGCGCUGUCGACAUGUGCGAGUUGGCUAAGAACUCUGUGAAACAGAGUGGCUAUGAAGCUGCUAUCAAAAGACACUGGCUAGGUCCAGAUUUUGAGAAACCUGGGCGCGAGGGCAACCGCAUGGUAAAAACGAAUGUUCCCGACCGCCGAGAAGAAUUCAGAUACCAUACCCUUCUACAGGAGAGAGAAGUGCUCCGGCGAUAUGUGACGUAUGACCCAUCAAACGACGGAAUUUCUCGCGGUCCUGCGGAUAACACACCCUCGGGUCCUCAUCAAAACCUAGCCACCGCACCAGCAAACUUAGCCCAUGUUGAAUCCAGUAAUGCUGAUCCUGAGCUCCUACUAGGUGCAGCGGCAAUGUCUAACCUUCACUUGUCUGGAAGCGAUCCGCGCAUGUUCCCCGGGAUCUACACUCGGGGCCAGAGGAAUGGCAGCUUCAAAAACCUUGACAGUUUCGCAAAGGACUAA